UGACCUAAUUGAGCCUCAUCGAUCACUCUGGUGACUUGACUGCUGCCAUAUUUCUCCGAAGCUAAAAACCCUUCUCCGGUGGUCGCCUCCUUUAACACUCAGCCGUCACGCAGUUUGAUUAGCAGAAGAUAUGAUCAAAAGGAGGUUUUACAAGCAAGAACAUGGGGAUAAAGAUGUCCCUUCAGAUUCUUCAUCAUCUUCAGAAUCUGAACUGGAUGCAGAAGCAUCAGUAGACACAGAUGAAGAAGAAGAAGAAAAUAAUGACAACAUGGUCAUGGAAUCAAGAAAGAAAGACCAUCAUUCCUCCUCAUCUUCUGGAUAUGAAAGCGAAGAUGGGUCAGCAGAUGAAGCUACCCUUGACUCUUCAGGUUUACUCACAAAUGAUGAUGUCAUUAGCUUGCCAUUGUCUUCUGAAAACAAAUUGGAUAUGAAUAACACACACAAUAUCAACAAAGAGGCAAUAAAAAAUGAUCUUCUUGAUUGUGUCUUGAAAAGUAAAUCGGUUUUCAAGUGUAAGUUAUGCCCAAGAAUCGUUUGUCUAACAGAAGAAACAUUAAAGGCUCAUCUCCAAUCCAAGAGGCAUAGUCGAUCUGUGAAACUAUUGAAGGAAGGAAGGCUUAAGAUGAUGCUAGAUAGUGAUGGAGAAAUAGAAGGAGAAACUCAUCAAGAAAGACAUGCUGCAACUUUAGCUCUUGCAAUGUCAAAGAAGAAUGAAGGACAAGAUUUGAAGAAAAAUAAAGGGAGACAAAGACAAAGGAAGAGAUUAAAGAAGAAGGAGACUGACGAUUUGGUGUCUACAAAAACAAAAAAAUCGGCUAAAAAGAGGCGUAAAAGUGAUGUUUGAAGAGAGUGGAAUGAAAUGAGGUUAUUUUUUUUUGAGGAAGUUAAGGAUAGUUUACAGAAAAAAAAAUUACAAUGUUGGUUUUGUUUUUUUCUAAUGUUUGUUGGUUUUCGGUUUUGCUAAUCGAAAUAUAAUCCAUUAAAUUUUAUGUAUCAUGUUGUUUUUGGUUUUAACAAUGAGAAGUGAAACUGGUUU